AUGUCGAACAUUGGGGGCCGCCCUGUUGCUUCAUUCAUCGCCAACAACUUUGAGCGCUUAGGAAAAGUUUCUAACAACUCCAAUCAUUAUUUUUGGAAGUGUAAGCACUGUGGUGAUAGUGACGACUCUCCCGGUGGACAUAUCCAAGGCUGUGACAACCUCCUUCCCAACCAUAUCGCAAACAAGUGCACAAAAGUCAAUUCUGCUCUUCGCCAACAAGCAUGUUCUUUCAUCAUAAAAAAGACAGGCAAUACUGCAACAUCAGACACCAUCCUCGCAGAUCUCGGGACAACACAGUCUGCGAAGCGCUGCAAUCUGUCAGUCGAAACGUUCGAAACUCUAGGAAAAAUUCGUGCAAACCUUCGUUAUCUCCGUGACAAGAAAGCUACCGAAGCCAAUAAGUCCACUCGUUGUCGCCAUGCCCAUAUGCACACCCGUGAAGAGACUGGCAUUGAUCUCAAAGUCGCGCGUGACCUUGAGGAAAACUUUGCCUGGGUGCCACCGCUUGCUGCCAAGCCUGCACAUUUAGACGACAGCUUAGCUGGUCCAGAAAGUAUCUUACCUGAUGAUGUGGCUGCUGAAUUUGCUGCCUUCGAGGGGCGAGCAAGGGAGGAAACAUUCGAAAGUGUUGAUGGAAAGGAAGUGUUGGAAGGGCGUGCCUUUGAUUUCAAGGAGCUGCUCCGUGUUGACCAAGGGAUCAUACCAUGA